GCGCAACUCGCAACUCAAACAACCUUUUGCCCUCAAACCGCACCGCCCUCUUCCCAGACGACACAUUGCCUGGAGCAAUAGUCGCCACACUGUCAGCUUCCGAACAGACUACCGUCUGACUUUCUUUUCAAUCGUCUUGACUGCCGAGCACAUUCACUUUGUCUAGGCACACUCCUGCUUCCCACCAACAACCUUUGCGCCACCUCUCCAACCUGCGACCUUCACCUCUUCCUAUUAACUCAUCUUCACACAGUCGUAAUCAUGGCAGCAGUUGUUGCUUCCGCACCUGCCAACGGCGACAAGCCCUCGUCCCCCGUCGACCUCUCAACAAUUCCCAUCUCCCCAGACGGGCACGACGAAAACAAGAACCCCAACGGAGAGAGCUCAGGCGAAGAGCAAAUCACCGUUUUCCACGAUAAGGACAACUUCAAUGUCAAGCAUCCGUUGAUGCACAAGUGGACUCUGUGGUUCACCAAGCCACCGAGUGGCAAGGGUGAUAACUGGAACGAUUUGCUGAAGGAAGUCAUCACAUUCAACUCGGUAGAGGAAUUCUGGGGUGUCUACAACAACAUCGCACCCGUCUCGGAACUCGCUCUCAAAUCCGACUACCAUCUCUUCAAGGAAGGCGUCCGACCAGAAUGGGAGGACAUCCAAAACAAGCACGGCGGGAAGUGGUCAUACCAAUUCAAGGACAAGCGGAGCAUCCCUAUCGACGAGCUGUGGCUCCACGUCAUGCUUGCAGCUAUCGGCGAGACUCUCGAGGAUGAAGACGACGGGGAACUCAUGGGGGUCGUCGUUAACGUCCGAAAGGGCUUCUACCGCAUUGGUGUCUGGACCCGCACAAUUGGCAAGAGCAUCCCUGGUGGCGGAGACGGCGACGUUGCAGGCGGAAAGGGUCGAUCCACGGAGAAGGGCAAGGAGGUUCUCAUGAACAUCGGCAAGAAGUUCAAGGAAGUCUUGAAGCUGCCUGCUGCUGAAGCUGUCGAGUUCUCUGGACACACAGACAGUGCACACAGCGGCAGUACGCGUGCGAAGGCCAAGUACACGGUCUGAAUUUCGGGCAGUUGGCGGAUCUGGGCGUAGCUACUUUUUCCGGUUGUUCAUGAGGCAUUGCGAUAUGACGUUACGGAGCAUGGUUUCUUUACGAUAUGCAUAUGGUAGCCUCUGGCUUCCCUCCUUGCGUUGUUUUCUUGCUUUAUGGAGGAUACUUCAAGGCGUUAUUAGCUGAGCGAUAUGGCUUGGCCUAGGUAAUAUCAGAUGUGAAUAGAUCGGCGGGCAAAUAAAAGUUCAUAAAGAGUGAAAUCUCAGCAGUACAAUGUGAG